AUGUCUAAGAAGAAAGGCGAUGUGCCAAAAAAAGCUGUUUUGCUUGGGAGAAUCGGUACUAAUCUGAAAUGUGGUGUAGUAGGCCUCCCAAACGUUGGUCAAGUCCCCGCCGAGAAUUUUCCAUUUUGCACUAUUAAUCCUAAUGAAAGUCGUGUUGCAGUUCCAGAUGAAAGAUUCGAUUGGCUGUGUGAAUACCACCAACCUGUUAGGUGGGUUUCUUAUGUCCUACAAUUGACAUGA